AUGUUUGAAAAUAUACCAAUACUUGAAAUUAAUUUAAAAAUUUUUAAAUUUUGUGGAAUUUUAUUUGAAAAUAAUUGGAAACGUUAUGCAAUAAUAAUACCAGUUUGUUUAUUAAAUUUUUUACAAUCAUUUUUUAUAUAUGAAAAUCGUUAUAAUUUAACAAUUUUUAUAUUACAUUCAUUCUUUUUCGUUGCAAUAUUUAAUGCAAUUUUACGUUGUUUCCUUUUGAUAGUAAAUCGUAAAAAAUUUGAAGAUUUUUUAAUUAAAUUGGAAUUCUUGCAUGAUAAUAUAAUGGAAAAUGGAAGUAAAUGGGUCAAAAUUGAAUUGUACAGAAUAACGAAAAAUGCUCGUAGUAUUUCAAUUUUUAAUUUAUCAGCAUCGUUUUUGGAUUUAAUUGGAGCAGUUUUAUUUCCCUUAAUUUGCAAUGAUAGAAUUCAUCCCAUUGGUGUCGGUUUACCAAAAGUUAAUAUAAUUGAAUUUCCAUACUAUGAAAUAAUAUACUUAUUGGAAUUAACAGCACCAUUCCUAUUAACAAUAAUGUAUAUGCCAUUUGUUAAUUUAUUUGCAUCAGUAACAAUGUUCGGUGUUAUUAUGUUAAAGGACUUACAAUAUCAAUUAAGAAAUUUAUGUAAUGAUAAAUCUUUAACAAAUGAGAAUAAUAUAAAGAAGAAAUUAAUAAAUUGCAUUAAGUAUCAUAAUAAAAUUAUAAGAUUUGUUAAGGAAUUCAAUUCAAUGGUUACAAAUAUAAUUUUUGUGGAAUUUUUGUUAUACAGCGUUAUAUUGUGCGCACUUUUGUUAUGUAUAAAUUUUGUUGAAUCUAUUACUCAAAAAAUUUCAGCAUUCAUGUACAUUUUCACAAUGUUAUACGUCCUUUUUACAUAUUAUUGGCAAGCAAAUGAGUUAUUAGAUGAAAGUGUAAAAGUUAGUUUUGCAAUAUACGAUGCAGACUGGUUCAAUUGCAGUAUUAAAUUAAAGAAAAUGUUCUCUUUUAUUAUGAUGCGAAGUCAAAGAGAAUUAAAGUUGAUGAUCGGUAAUACUUAUCCAAUGUCCUUGGAAACAUUUCAGUCUCUUUUGAAUGCAUCAUAUUCAUAUUUUACGAUAUUAAGAGGUGUUACUAAUAAAUAA